CUUAUGAGUUUUGACCGGGAAGGAGAAAAAAUGGCAACAAUUGAUCAGCAACAGCAGCAGCAGCAAGUGCUGAGUAGUAUACUUGAAUCGCUGAAUUUUGGCGAUGGCCAAGGGACAUCUGGAGGAGUUGGCGGUACAACAACAAGCACUACAACAUCGGCACAAUCAUCAAUGCUGCAACAACCCGGACAGAGUCUUCUGGGGAGUUCGCCGUUUACCAGCACUCCUUUCUCGUUUCAAAGUCCGCGAAGACCGAAUCAUGGUGUAGAAGGUCGUUCGAUUGUGCUGCGUGCAAAUCACUUUGCGGUACGCAUUCCUGGUGGACAUAUCCAGCAUUAUCAUGUUGACGUCUCACCGGACAAAUGUCCUCGUCGAGUUAACAGAGAGAUCGUGAACACGAUGAUUCGGGCCUAUUCCAAAGUAUUCAAUAACGUACGACCCGUUUAUGAUGGAAAGCGUAACAUGUAUACACGUGAGCAUCUACCAAUUGGACGUGAACGCGUCGAUUUGGAUGUUACGUUGCCCGGCGAUUCGGCUGUCGAACGACAUUUCACUGUAUCAAUCAGAUGGGUUGGAGUGGUGUCGUUAUCGGCUCUCGAUGAUGCAAUGGAAGGGCGUACACGUCAAGUGCCUUUCGAAUCUGUUCAAGCUAUGGAUGUAAUUUUGCGACAUUUACCAAGUUUAAAGUACACACCGGUGGGACGUUCAUUCUUCUCUCCACCGAUGAGUUCUGCGCAUGCCCCGACUCCAGCUCAUCCAGCUCAACAAUAUCAUGCAGAGAGUAAGCUAGGUGGUGGACGAGAAGUAUGGUUUGGUUUUCAUCAAAGCGUUCGUCCGAGCCAGUGGAAAAUGAUGCUCAAUAUUGACGUUUCUGCUACUGCAUUUUACCGCUCAAUGCCUGUGAUCGAAUUUAUUGCUGAAGUUCUGGAGGUGCCCGUCCAAGCAUUAGCCGAUCGUCGUACCCUUUCUGAUGCCCAACGUGUGAAAUUCACCAAAGAAAUACGUGGUCUGAAGAUUGAAAUUACACACUGCGGUGCUAUGAGGCGCAAAUAUCGCGUCUGUAACGUUACGCGUCGUUCUGCUCAAAUUCAAACGAAGUUUCAGGCCACAGCACGUUCAGCACCGGAACGUGAACGUGAAAUAUCAAAUCUUGUUCGCCGAGCCGAAUUCAAUGCUGAUCCAUUUGCGCAUGAAUUUGGAAUUGCAAUAAAUUCGGCAAUGACUGAGGUCAAAGGUCGUGUGCUAACGGCGCCCAAAUUGCUGUACGGAGGUCGAACAAAAGCGACUGCUCUCCCGAAUCAGGGUGUCUGGGAUAUGCGUGGCAAGCAAUUCCAUACAGGUGUCGAAGUGAAAGUUUGGGCAAUCGCUUGUUUUGCACAACAGCAACAUGUCAAAGAAAAUGAUCUCCGGAAUUUUACCACUCAAUUACAACGAAUCUCAAACGAUGCGGGUAUGCCGAUUAUUGGACAGCCAUGUUUUUGCAAAUAUGCAGUUGGUGUUGAUCAAGUGGAACCAAUGUUCAAAUACCUCAAAACAACAUUUGCAGCACUUCAACUUGUUUGUGUGGUACUUCCUGGAAAAACACCAGUUUAUGCUGAGGUUAAACGGGUUGGUGAUACGGUGCUGGGUAUUGCAACGCAAUGUGUUCAAGCGAAAAAUGUCAUUAAAACAACACCUCAAACACUAUCGAAUUUGUGUCUGAAAAUGAAUGUAAAAUUGGGUGGUGUCAAUUCAAUCCUCUUGCCAAAUGUUCGCCCACGAAUUUUCGCUGAACCAGUAAUCUUUCUUGGUUGUGAUAUAACACAUCCGCCGGCCGGUGAUUCACGCAAACCGUCGAUAGCAGCGGUUGUUGGAAGUAUGGAUGCUCAUCCGUCACGCUAUGCAGCUACUGUUCGUGUACAGGCACAUCGCCAGGAAAUUAUAAGUGACCUCACAAUUAUGGUGCGCGAUCUUCUUGUUCAGUUUUAUCGUUCUACACAUUUCAAACCAACACGAAUCAUUGUUUAUCGUGAUGGAGUUUCGGAAGGACAGUUCUUCAACGUUUUGCAACAUGAGUUGCGAGCGAUGCGUGAAUCGUGCAUGAUGCUGGAGGAAGGUUAUCAGCCAGGCAUAACAUUUAUUGCUGUUGGAAAAGCAUUUAAUAUUCCGCCUGGUACAACUGUUGAUGUUGGUAUAACACAUCCAACCGAAUUCGAUUUCUACCUCUGUUCACAUGCAGGAAUCCAGCAUGACGGGCUGGGAAGUAGCAUUGUUGUCGGUGCAGGAGGUCAGAGUUCCAACUGUGUCAAUUGGGAAAACCAAUCCCUCUACGAUUCGUUCAUUGUUUUGAUGUAA